UGCAGGGGCAGGCGCUGGACGGGGCCGCAGAGGCGGCUGUUGGCAGCAGCCCCCUCUCGGGGAAAGGGGAGCUGGAGGGUGGGGGCGGCGGGGGCCCCACACCCCAACACGCUGCUGCGGCCCGGGCGCGCAUGAGCGCGGUGCAUGCCAUCGCUCCCACUGGGCCCGGCUCCGGCGCCAGCGGCUGCCGGCCAGCACCGUUCUGCGGCUUCCGCUCAUCCUCCCACGCUUGGCCUCGGCUCCUGCUCAGGGAAACCUCUCUGUGGCGCCCUGGGGAGCGGGGCCCCGCGAGAGGCCGAGCCGGCGCCCGUUGUGAUCCUGGCCGCGGGGCUGCUCUCCCUCCCGCUCAAGGGUGCCGGGUCGGGGGGGAUGGAUGGGGCAGAGACGGGGGGCUCCCGCCCUGCUCCUGCCGCACAGGGGCAGCCGCGCCAGAUGUGUCAGCCCCUCGGCCGCCAAGGGCUGGGCCGGGACGCUUCCAGGCGGGAUGGAAAUUGCCCUUAUAAGGAGGAUGGUUUAUUGCAACCACCUGUGGCGGGUCCGGCUGCGGCCCCCCGCUCCUCCCUGCUGGGGAUGAGAUCAGCGCAGCCGGGGAUAAAGUGUGCAGCGGCAGCUGUGGGGGCCGGAGUGGCGCCAGGAGGGAGCCGAGAGCCCGGAGCUGUGCCGGCAGCGAGACUGACAACCGGACACCGUCGCAGUUCACGCGCCCCGACGGACAGCGACCCAGCCAUGCCGUCCCUGCCGCUGUCGUCCAUCGGCCUCCUGCUGCUCCUGGUGCCGGGGGGGACCCCGGCCAGCCGAGGAGGGUCCCCGCCACUGUCACCCCCUGCCGCCGAGGGCAGCGCGGCCGGGCCCCUGCUCUGCGACUACCAGCGCUGCCGGCACCUGCAGCCCCCCUGCGCCGAGCUGCGCAGCAGCGACGGCAGCUGCCUCUGCCCCGGGCUCUCGGGGCCGGGGGUCCCCCCCGAGCCCCCCGAGCUGGCGGCCGUGGUGCUGACGGCGGCGGGUGCCAGCCUCCGCUGGUGCGCCCCUGCCUCGGUGGUGCUCGAGUACCGGGUGCUGGUGGGGGCCCCCGGGCAGCCGCCAGCCCCGGGCCCAGCCCUGCCACCCUCCUUCCGGGCGGCUGCCCUGGGGGGGCUGCGCCCCGACACCCCCUACGUGCUCUGCGUUGUGGCUCACAACGGGGCCGGCGCCAGCCCUACCCCCCCACCCGGGGUGCCGGGGGGGCCCUGCCGUGCUGUCCACACCCCCCCGGACCCCCGACACCUCCUCCCUGCCGCCGCUGCCGUGGCCGGGGCACUGGGGGCUGCCGGGGGCCUGGCCCUGGCCUGGCACUGCUUGCGGCGGCGGUGGGGACGGCAGGGGCUCCCUGUGCCCCCCGCGGGGGGGGCUGGGGACCAGGACCCCCCCAGUGCGCCCUGGGGGGAGCAGCAGCUGUGAGAGGGGCCUGACCCCCCCCCCCCCCGGCCAUGGGCACCCUCGUCCCCUCCAGUCCUGCUGCCCCAUGGGGACAUGCUGAAUCCACAUGGGGACCCCCGGUCCCCUCCACUGCCCUGACCUAUAGGGACACCCUGGCCCCCCCACCCACCCCAUGGGCAUCCCCCUGCCCUCUUGGCCCCCGGCCUCCCAGCCCUGCUGCUGUGGCUCCCCCCCCGCCCCAUGGGACCCCCCCUGCUCAGCCCCCAGCCCAGCUGGCCUGGGCCUCCCCCCAUCCCUAUUUAUUUGCUUGUGCCCCACUGUAUCUGGGGGAAGGAAGCGGGGCCCCUGUGCAGGCGGUGGGGGGGCUGUGUGAGGCCACCCCCCCCCCUUGGUGUUUCUUGUCCGAGAUGGGAAUGAACUGCUGGGAAUAAACUGGAAGGCAAACUGG